AUGAAUCCUCUUAAAAUAUAUUUGUAAGCCUUGAUUAGUCAAAACCAACAAGAAUCUUCUUAAUAAGUAAAAUAAGAAGAGAAUAGUUAGAAAUAAAAUAUUCAAGUAUUUGAAAUCAAUAUCGGCUUAGUAUUUACAAAAAGAGUAACUUUUAUAAAUAAUUCAACAAUGUUAAACCUAAUACUAACCAAUUUAACAAGCUUCGUAAGAUUUUUUAAAUAUUAAAAAAAGCAAGCCUCCAACUUUAAUUGAGGUUUAAAAUUAGGUCACGUCUUUCUUUUAGAAAAUCAUUUUUUAGAAACAAACUAUUAAUUUAACAAAUGUAUUAGAGGUUUAAUUACCAUAUUUUAUGUUAAUCAUGAGCAACCUAAUAAUUUAUGGAUUAUAAAAUUGUUAAGCAGAAAAAGAAAUCAUAGAAGAUUUAGUGUCAUAGUAUAAAAGUAAUCCAUUAAAGAUAUCAAUGAGUUGCUCAUUGUUCUAAACAAUAGCAUUACUUUUCCGUUCUGAAUUCAUAAUUUAUGAUUAAAGUUCUAGAUUAUUAUUAUUAUAAAAGGUACAAAAUAUCUUGCCAAUUUUUUACUUUUCAGAGAUGACUUUUGUGAUAUCUUUUUCAAUACACUCUAUAGUUAUUAAAUAUCAUAAGGCUAAACUGUAAGUUAACAAAUAUCAUUUAAUCAAAUACAUUAGAUGAUAAAAAAACAGCAAGAAAAUAUAUGGACAACAUUUACAUUUAAAUUAUUAAGCCAAUAACAAUAAAAAAUAACAAAAGAUUCCUUUUUACUUUAAUUUAAUAGAUAUACUCAAUAAAUGAAUAAGUUUUUCACAAAAAGUAAUUUAAUUAUGGAUUUGGUUGAAUAAAGUGUUAAAUAAACAGCAAAAUUACAUAAUGAUUAAAUAUUUUAGGAAGUAACUUUAUUAUAUUAACAAUUAGUAUCUACUUAUAAUGGGUAGUUUUAAAGCUACAACAUAAGAUUUCUUAAAAAAAGCAACCUAAGUAUUUUUUGAAGAAACUACUGAAUUAGAUUUAUAAUAAUUUAGUUUAAAUACACUUAAAAUACAUAAAGAAAUGAAUUGUUAGAUUUUAUUCAUAUUACCAAUGCUGUUGCAAUUGGAAAGUUAAUAUUUAGAUCAUAUAAUAUAAAAUGGAUUUAUUGAAAUGAAAGUUAAGAACAGUUCAAAUUAUUAUUUAAAAAUGAUUGACAAACUUAAAAAUAAAUGUGUUUAUAAUGGAGAGGAAGAAUGUAAUUGUAAAAAAUGUUAAUGGUAAUUAUUUUUAAAUUAAUUAACCUAGUAUAAGAAGAAAUAGAAAUUCAGCAAAAGAAUCAUAAAAAAAGAAGAGAGAAGCUUUAGAAAAAAUUGGUCCUUUAUAAGAUGAAUUCAAUAGAUUAUAAAAAAAAGUAAAAAAAAUAUAAUAAUAAUUAAUAGGUGAAACAACUUGAAACUGAAAAUUAAUAUAUGACAAGCUUAAUUUUAGAUGUAUUCAAACAUCCAUCUGUUGAAAAAAUAGCUUCAUAAUUUCUCGAGCCUCUAACUAAAAUAAUAGCAGAUUCUGAGUCUAUUGAAGAAUGCUGA